AGGGAGAAUAUAAAUUGGUAUAUGAUAAAAUGUAUCCGUGUGAAAAAACAAAAAACCAUCCAAUUCAAUUCAAUUGGUAUUUAAGUAAAAAGACAUCAAGUAAAACGGAGUUAACAGGCAAUACGACAUUUUUGAUACCUUUCGAUGAUACGCUUACACUUGAUUUAAACUUAUCAUCUUGGGGUUCAACUGGUGGAUGGGUGCCAAAUGUAUAUAUUAUCAAUGCAAAAAAGGCAUGCAGUAGCUUAAAAUAUUUCUCUGGAAAUGCAUUUAAGCCGUUUAAGGAGGGUUUCAACAUUCCAACUUUUAAAUGUCCACUUCCAGUGGGCAUAUAUGUUACACCAGGAAUUGAUAUGAAGAAAUUUGAAGAUUUGAACGUCCCCAAAGUAUAUUUUUAUGGAAAAUAUAAAGCGGUGUAUCACUAUAAAAAUUUGAAAAAUGAAGUAGUUGGCUGCAAUGUCGCGGAGAUUAAUCUUAUACGACCUUGGGAAACACCAAUUUGAUUACAAUAUAUGAAAUAAUAAUAUAAUAUGUUAUUAACUUGUUAUGGAGACUAUAAAAUAAAUAUUUUUAACAGUCCCGACAGUAACAGAUUUAAUUCGUAAUGUAAUGAGUGGGGAAUAUCCUUUUGGUCCAUAAAAUGUACUUUUAACUAUUUAACCACUUAAGCCAUAUAAUUAUACAUGACAAUACGGGACGAAAAUUGAUAAUUAUUGAAAACUAACUAGCCCGCUGAAAAUUCUCAAAUGCGCUAUUAUGACGUACCUAUAUAAGAAUCCUAAAGUGCGGUCGUUAUUCGUUUACUGCUCAGGGGGCUUACAAAUGUCACGAUUUUUAACACUAGAUGUCCCAUAUUGUCAUAUACCGUUUGUCCGCGAAAACAAGGUACCUAUACUUUGCUACGUACGGAUCCCUCUACUCCACCCCUACACAUGGUCAUACUACACAGCAUCGGAUGUACUACGGUAACACG